CCCACGUUGUCUUAACCCCCACGACUUCGCAGUCUUUCCUCCCUCGUUUCCCUGCGCGAAUCGCGAGCUAGGGUUCCGGUACGUCUCUUCCGACGCGAGGGCCGGCCAUGGAGGGAGCAGCCGCCGCCGCCGCCUGCAAGAGAUCCCGUCCGGAGACCGCCAACGGGGGCGCUGCCGGUGUGAAGCGCUCGAAAGACACGGAGUCAUUUCAAACUGGUCUAUCAAGCAAAUCGAAGCCUUGCACCAAGUUUUUCAGUACCGUUGGGUGCCCUUUUGGUGAGGGAUGUCAUUUUCUGCACUUUGUCCCUGGUGGAUACCAGGCAGUUGCAAAAAUGCACAACCUAGGCAGCCCUGCUGUAUCUGCACCAGCAAGAGGUCCUGUGGAUCAUGCUGCUGUUGCCAAUUCUCAUCCAGCUUCGACGGGUAAGACACGCAUGUGCACCAAGUACAGUACUGCAGAAGGCUGCAAAUUUGGUGAUAAGUGCCAUUUCGCCCAUGGCGAGAGAGAACUUGGUAGGCCAGCCUACAUGUCUCGUGAAGGUCCUCCUAUGGGUGGUCGGUUUGGAGGCCGGCCUGAACUGCCUCCACCAGCUGCCAUGGGCCCUCCUGCAGGAAGCUUUGGCGCCUCAGCUACUGCCAAGAUUAGUGUUGAUGCCUCUCUUGCUGGUGGCAUAAUUGGGAAGGGCGGAGUCAACACAAAGCAGAUAUGCCGAGUUACUGGUGUUAAGCUCUCGAUUCGUGACCACGAGUCAGAUCUGAACCUGAAGAACAUCGAGCUGGAAGGCAAUUUUGACCAGAUCAAGCAAGCCAGCAACAUGGUGGGCGAUCUCAUUGCAACCAUCAGCGCCAGCAUGCCCGCGAAAAACCCUUCUGUUGCAGCACCACCAACAGGCCAAGGUGGUGGCCCCGGGGGCAGGAGCAACUACAAGACGAAGUUGUGCGAGAACUUCGUGAAGGGUACCUGCACCUUUGGCGAGCGGUGCCACUUUGCUCAUGGGGAGAGCGAGCAGCGGAGAGGUGCCGCUUGAGAGUUGAGCUGCUCUAGGCAUGAGAUACUCUAGGGUACAUGCAUCCUGGGCGACCUGCAUCGGCACUCCAUUGGCUACCGUGACUAUUCUCUUUGCAGGUUUAGGUGGUUAGCCUGUUGUAUCGCGAUUUUUAUGGAAUAUAUUUUAGAUUCAGCUUUCGAGGGAUGUUUAAGAAGUAAGAAAUCGUCUAUCUGUCGUGCCAGUGUAGAGUCAUGUUUUGAGAAUUUUGUUGGGCAGUUGGCAGUUGCUCGAGCAAUGUGUGGAGGUUGUGUGCUUUUGUGCUGUCCAGAGAUGGGUCGUUCAUGAUC